CACAGUGACGCUUCUCGCUGCCUCCUCAGAAGGAAAAGGCCUUUUCGCGAAAACAAAAGAGAAGGCCUGCCAGAAAGGAGGACAUGAUUCCCUGCGAUUUCUGCUUAGGAAAGCCACAGUCGGCAGAGACAAGAUGUCUAACCUGUGAGGCAUUCCUGUGCCAGGCUCACCUGAGCAAGCACAAUGCUAAGAGCACCCAGAAGAACCAUGCUUUGGUGAAUCUCAGUGCUGGCAGCUCUAGGGAGGAGAGGAAAUGUGUGGAACAUGCCAAGCUGCUGGAAUGCUUCUGCCAAGACGGCCUGGCGUGCGUUUGCUCCGUGUGCUCCAUCACAGACUCCCACAAGGACCACAGCGUUGUUGCCCUGCAGGAUGAAUAUGACAAGCAGAUGGCACUUCUCUCCCUGAUUACAAAAUCAAUGCAGGAAAACAAAAUUGCCAUGAACAAGGCUCUCAUGCAUCUUCAGAAGAGUGAAGAUCAGAUAAAGAACAAUAAGAAAACUUUGACUGAUCAGCUGUCAAAGCUCUUCCAAGAGAUAAAAUCUCAGGUAGAUCAAAAAGAGAAGCAGAUCCUAGGUGACAUCCAAUCCAAUGAAAGAAAACAGUUAGCGGACAUUAUGGCACUGAAAAAGCAAGUAGAAGAGAAGAGGAACACUGCUGUUCAGGGCCUUCAGGAGCUACAGACACUGACAGAGCAAAUGGAUGCUUGCCUCUUCCUCAAAGAUUUUCAACAAGCCCAAGAGAGAAUUAAGAAACAGAAUUUCAGUAACGACAAUGUGGAAGUGUUAAGAGUGGAUCUGGACCAGUCAGUCAUUCAGGAUGUCAGAAGCCACACAGCAGUUUACAUCUCCAACCUAGGUACCCUAAUGCAAGUAGUACAUGGUAAAAUCAUUAACCAAACACAGUGGACCAGGGCAAUUCCCACUGCUGAGCUCUCUCUGGAUGAUGUGAUUUGUGAAGUCUUCUCUUCAUCGUUGUCAUCACCAAUGACUGGGAAAGUAUCUGGAACAAACCCAGCUGCUGUUCACCUGAUGUUUGGAAACCAGGAAUAAGAUCCCACUCAGACUCCUUCUCCCCAGAAAUCAGAAGAUACUGCCCAGGAAUGCUUUGGCAGUGCUUGAUGGAAAUGCCAACCUGCUACCAAGGGCAUUCAGUUCAGGGGUUGUCUUCUCUCUCUCUCUUCAGGCUGGCAUUUCUGGGCGGUGGGUAUUAGCAAGGGCUUUGUUUUAGGGCCACCAAUUGCUUUGCUUUGCUUUGUGAUUAAAGGGGAAGAGGUAUGCAAUAGAUUCCUACCUGUGGCUAAGCAGCACAGAUCUAUAUGUCUUUUCCAGCACUGACUACCUGUAAUAAAGCGUAUACUUUUCCAAAAGUGAUCAGGAGGAAUUGAAUUGAGAAAAAGGCCUAGAGGUAUUUCAUGAUGUUUUAGACCAGAAAAAGUCAUGCCAAAGAUGUCAGCCCUAUAUGCUGGUUCUCAGGUUCUCUCAGUUUUCUCUAUAUUUUGUGUGUGAUUGAUUUGGAAAAUGAUUGCACUACGUUUGUUUCCUGUUGCCUGUGCUUUGAUAUAUGUAAUAAUAGUGGGUCUAUGAAACAUGGAACUAUGUACAUAAAUAGCUAAUCAUAAUCUUUUGUGGCAAGCUGUCAAAACAUUUUCUUUGUAGGAUUUCAAAUUCUGUGAUAAUGUGCUGUACGACUCCCCUUAAAUUUCAUUUUGCAGGCCUCUUGGCAAGUAAUAUCAAAUACAGUCAUGUUAAUUUGUUUGACAGCACGAAUGGCAAAAAGUGUUGGAUGAUUCUUUUUGCUUUUACUGUUCACUUGAAACAAGUUAAAUAGAAACCAUUGCCUUGCAAACUGAACUCCUACCUAAUUAAGCUAAUCUCUGGCAAAAGGAAUAAAGUUUGGGUGAUGAUUAGCAUAAAAUUAAGGCUUUUGGAGGAGAAGCCAUUAGUUGCAGAGCUGCUGGGUUUUGCAUUUAACUACGUGCAGCUUAAAAUAGGGUUUAUUGUUCUCAUUCAGAGCUCAUUAUGUGCUCUGCUGCACACAUGGAGCUCCUGCAUGAUCCAGCUCCUCAUUCAUUUCAACAGAGCCCUUCACAUAGUGAUGCAUGUGCAGAGUUGCGUCUCUCCUCUUUGCUGAAGUGAAUGAGUCAGCUAUACAAGCAAGGGAAAAAAAUCUCUGUACCCACAGCAAAUUGCUGGGAAGGGAUGCAUGAAUUUCAGAACCGAUUCUUGGCACCAAAACAUGGGGAUAGAUUAGAAGAACCCAAAAUAAAGGUAUAGUUCUAAAGA